UACAGACGUCUUUGCGUGUGUUUUACGUCGUCUGUGUGUUAGAAGUUUGUACCGCUGUAAGCAGAAUUCUGAACAAAUUUUAGUUUUCUUCAAUUCAAGAUACAUGAGAGGAUCCAGUCUUGCUGUUUAGAUUAGCAGAACUAAACAAUGCGACUUUCAAUGUUAAUUUCCUUGAUCAGGCCGAUUGGCCCGGUUGUUAUUGGUAUCUCACUGGGGUUUACUUUGAGUCUAUUGAGUGUGACCUGGGUCGAGGAGCCCUGUAGUAACCCUGACUGGAAUCGAGGCGAUGAAGUUGCGUUUCAGCUGAAUGGAAACCCCUACUCUCUUCCUGCAGGCAGCGUGCAAAACGAAGAAAAUGCGGAGGAUUUUGAACCCAAAAUUGUGCCAUAUAAACCCGUUCAACAACAACCCCCACCAAAAAAAUUCUACAGGGCAAAAUACAUCAGCACAGAGCUUGGCAUCCGGGAACGACUUUUUGCUGGGGUACUUACGUCCAAAAACACCAUAAACACCAUGGCUGUUGCAGUAAACCGAACCAUCAGACACCACUUGGACAAUGUUGUCUAUUUCACUGGGAUGCGAAACAGAAAAAUCCCCCACGGGAUGUUUGUGGUGACCCACGGCGAUGAGCGACUCAUCUGGAACAUGUUCCAAACCAUUCGAUACGUCCUUGAACAUUACAUCAACGAAUAUGACUGGUUCUACUUUGUUCAAGAUGACACCUACACUCAAGCAGACCGCAUCAAAUCGCUUGUCGGGCACCUAAGCAUUCAUACAGAUCUGUACAUGGGCAGCCCAGAGGAGUUCAUUGGCGGUGAGAUGGAGGGAAGAUACUGUUAUGGUGGGUUUGGCUAUCUGCUGUCACGGACUUUGCUCCUCAAACUGCAGCCUAAUUUGGAGAGCUGCCGUAAUGAUAUCCUGAGCAGUAGAGCUGACGAGUGGCUGGGACGAUGCAUCAUCGAUUACGGCAACGUAAGCUGCGUAGAUCAACAUGAGGGAAUUCACUACCAACGGUUUGAGAUGGGCAAAAAUUCAUACCCAAAUACGGAGGAAGAGAUACAGUUCAAGAAUGCAUUCACUGUUCACCCUGUACUAGAUCCAGCACAGAUGUACAGACUGCACAAACACUUCACUGAAAUUGAACUGCAGAGGACUUACAAAGAAAUUGAGAAGUUACAGGCCGAAAUCAAAAACACCAGUGAGGUUGCGUUUGAUGGAAAUCGAAGUGCCCAUUGGCCUAUUGGAAUCAAUCCACCAUUUGAGCCAAAAACUCGGUUUGAAGUUCUUCGAUGGGAUUAUUUCACAGAAGACCAGGUUUAUACCUGCAAAGAUGGUUCCCCAAAAUGUGAGCUUCAGGGGAUUGACAAAGCAGAUGUCACAAAUGUUAUUGAGAUAGCAAUGGGGGAACUGAACAAAAAAUAUAAGCCAGUGCUUCAUCUGAAGAAACAGCAGCUUAUUAAUGGCUACAGGCGUUUUGACCCAACACGUGGCAUGGAGUACACCUUAGACCUUCAGCUUGAGGCUGUGAACCAGAAGGGACGAAGCUGUUCCAUUACUAAGCGUGUCCACCUUGUGCGGCCCUUGAGCGACAUUGAGAUUAUUCCUAUGCCUUAUGUGACAGAAGCUACCCGAGUUCACAUCAUUCUGGCAGUGAGUGUUCAUGAUCGUGAUUACGUGAACCAGUUUCUUGAAGUAUAUGCCACUAAUUUUUUUGAGAUGAGCGAAAAUGCUAUUUUGUCUUUCUUGUUCAUAUAUGACCCUUUUCAGGCUCAGCAGGUCAACCAAAAUGACAUUUUUGCUAAUGUUAAAGCCAAGAUUACAGCAUAUGAGCGCAAAUACCCUGUAACAAAGAUACCGUGGAUCAGUGUUAAAACUGAAGCCCCUUCUCAAAUUAAGAUCAUGGACAUUAUCUCUAAGAAGCACCCAGUAGACACUUUGUUCUUUGUGACAAAUGUCAACACCAAUGUCAAUUCUGAAUUUCUCAACCGUUGCCGCAUGAACACUAUUAACAACUGGCAGGUCUUUUUUCCAGUCCAUUUCCAAGACUACAACCCAGAUAUUGCUUAUCACAACCAACAGCCUCCUCCCACCAUAGACCUGAUCAAAGAUGCUGGCCACUUUGACCGAGAUGUCUUUGAUGAGGCUUGUUUCUAUAAUUCUGAUUAUAUGGCAGCAAGAACAAAGAUGUUUGCUGAUGUACAGGAGAAUGAGGAGAUCUUGGAAGCUCUUGAUGUCUAUGACAUGUUCAUCAAGUAUUCCAACCUUCACGUUUUCCGAGCAGUUGAACCUGCAUUACACCAGAAAUACAGACACAAGGUCUGUAAUCCUCGACUUGGUGAGGAGAUCUACCAUCGAUGUAUACAAAGCAAUCUUGAGGGCCUUGGUUCGCGAUCUCAGCUUGCCAUGUUAUUAUUUGAACAAGAGCAGGGGAACAGUACUUGACCAAAUAUUUAAAAAAGCGAAGUCCAGGGUGUGUGCUUUUUAAGAAACAUUCAUAUUUUUUUUUUUUUCUUGAGUAAAGUUUACAAUGCAGAACAAUCCAGAGAAAGACAUACUUUUCAUUUGCAUUGAACAUUAUUUGUGUUCUUUACAAAACACUGAAUUGACAGGCUGGUACAUCUUUGUUCACCAGUUAACAGUACUUGUGAGACCUUUUUUUAAAUUUCCUACCCAGCAUUUUUUCUUUUGGAAUGAAUAUUUAAUGGACAGGGUUUCCAAUCUUUUAUGGGACAUUUUCUAUUUUCUACCCAUGCAUGUUUUUUUUUCAGCUGUGGUUCUCUGAAGGUACAACUGCAAAAAAAAGGGGUGGGCAGCUUUGUAACUCAAAUAAGCUAACUUUAAAAUGGUAGCUUACAAGAUGCUUUAAGUUGUUUUAAUUUUUUACAUGAAGACAUUCCAUUGACUUGC